UGUUUGCAUAAAAGCAGUAGAAAUCAAAAUGGCGGAAACAAGUCUGAUAGAAGAACAAAAUAAAAUAAAAAAUUUAGAAUUUUCGAAGGAAGUUAAAAAAAUUCUAAUUUUUAGUGGAAAACGAAAAUCAGGAAAAGACUUUAUCACUGAUGAAUUGUACAAAAGAUUGGGUGGAGAUAAAAGUGUUAUUAUAAAACUGUCUGGACCUAUAAAAACUCAUUGGGCAAAGAGUAAAAAUCUUAAUACUACAAAAUUAUUUAGUGAUGGAGAAUAUAAAGAACAAUACAGAUUAGAAAUGGCAAAAUGGGGUGAAAAGAUAAGAAAUGAAAAUUAUGGAUAUUUCUGCAGGGCUGCUAUAGAAAUGUACAACACAAAUAAAUCAAUUUGGAUUAUAAGUGAUGCUAGAAGAAAAACGGAUUUAAAAUGGUUUAAGGAAACUUAUGGAGAAAAAUGUAAGAUUAUCAGAAUAGAAUGUAGUGAAGAAAUUAGAAAAAGUCGUGGUUGGAUAUUUUGUAAAGGCAUUGAUGAUUGUGAAACAGAAUGUGAUUUAGAUGAUGUGAAUAAUUGGGAUUUAAAAGUAAAUAAUGAUAAUGAAGAUGUAGAAUUAAUUCUUAACAGAAUAUUAAAUGUUUUAUAAUAAUGUAGAAAUAUUUUCAAUUAUAAAUUUUCGUAUAAAUAAAAUUACUCAGAGAUGUACUUCAUAUUAUCAAAACUGUGAAAUCA